AUGCGUCCUCCCCUCCGCAUCCUUCCCCGCGCCAUCUACCGCGUCCCCCAACAUCCCCUCCUCCACAGCCGCCAGAGACAUCACCAAGCCCACGCCCACGCGCACACGGAGCUCUGGAGCCCCUCCGUAAGCACCUUGUUCCGAGCUGCUGCCAGCCCGGGGGGUCCAUUUCCCACCAAGGGCGCGGGCAGGUUCGACCAGGUAUUCAGGAACUACAGCGUGGCGGCGCAGCAGGCGGUGCUGGAUAGCGAGGCGGCGGCUCUGCACACUGAAGUCAUGCUGCCUAAUAUCGGACUUAUGGCGAGGGUGUUUCGUCGCGUCCCAGCGCAAACCACAGCUUCGCGCUCAGUCCCGGCACGGGGCCUGAGCGGCACGUCUCGGGCCUCGAAAUGGGAGGGCAGAAAGCCCGAGGAGAACACGGUCAGAGAGGGGGAUACGCAUAACGUGCAGCAGGAUGCUACUCGGGAGGGUAAGGCGGAGAGGGCGAACCCUGGGGAGAAUGCGAGUCGGGGGACGAGUGAGAAGGCUGGGGGUAGCGUGGAGAAGGCAAAAAGCGAGUUUCCAGAGGCGCCGGAUGCUGCGAUUGGCAUGCAGGAUGAGAGGGGGGGAAAGGAGUAG